AUGUAUGUACGAGGCAAUCGCAAUGACUUCGAUAGAUUGAAUAUCACAGGCUGGACCUGGGAGGAUAUGAAACAAUACUUCUUAAAAUAUGAAGGGUUGGAAGACUUAGAUCGUCUUCCGUUAUCUUCUGAGCCCUACCAUAACACCGAGGGUUUAGUUCAUGUUGGAUUUUUCGUAGACCCGAAAAAUGAUUGGCACGGGAGAAUCAUCAGAAGUUAUACAAGUUUAAAUUUUCCUUUCAACGAGGAUGUAAAUGCGUUAAGUCAGAUUGGUGUUAGCAAAAGUCUAGGCUACGUGUCUGGCGGAGAACGCGUCAGUACAGCUACAGCAUAUCUCACUAGAAAGGAUGUGAAAGAAAAUCUAAAACUUGCUAAAAAUACGUAUUGCACUGGGGUCAUAAUAGAUCGGAAUCGAGUAGCGAAAGGUGUGACAGUGAAAUUUUUGGGCUUUCCAUUAAGUUUAAAGGCAAGAAAAGAAGUUAUUUUGUCAGCUGGUACCAUUGGAACACCCCAAAUAUUAAUGCUUUCAGGUAUAGGUCCAGCGGAUCACUUACGUGAUUUUAAUAUACCGGUACGGAAAAAGUUGAAUGUCGGAGACGGUAUGAGUGACCACGUUUUACCUUUGCUUUUUAUUAAAGUCAACAGAGAUGUAGACCAAUAUUCUGCUCUAUUUACUUUAGUGACUCAAGGAACAGCAGGUGUUGAAUGGUUGACCACACGUAAAGGUUCUUUGGCGUCAAAUGGUCUCACUGAUAUAACGGCGUUCGUCAACACAAAAUGUUACGACUUUAACAAAAAACGGCUUACCAAUGACAGCGCUGAAUGUGAGUUACCAACUUUACAGUUCAUACACGCGUUUAUACCAAGGACACUGUUGGUCGUAGGUAGGUCAUUCAUAUCACGAUCGUUGCAGUUUACUAAUGAAGUAUUGGAUCAAUUAGUUGAAACGAAUAAAAAAUAUGCGUUCAUAGUCCUGUCUCCAGUGGUGCUGCAACCGGCGUCAAGAGGAUCUGUACGUCUAGCAAGUGCCGAUCCGCUCGUCCCACCUGCCAUAACACCAAACUAUUUACAAAAUGAUACAGAUGUAGACGAAAUGGUACGUGCUAUCAAUAUCGUUGAAGAUCUUAUGGAAACACCACCAUUUAAGCAACAGAAAGCGUCGCUUCUUCGUCUUAACUUGUCCGGUUGCAAAGGGCUAGAUGGCAAUGAUUACUGGCGAUGUUAUUCGAGGCACAUGACGUUUUCAGUGUACCACGCAGUGGGUACGGCAGCACUGGGAAGAGUACUAGACGAGAAACUGCGUGUUUUUGGUAUUAAGAAUUUGCGGGUAGCGGAUGCGUCUGCGGUGCCCCAUCUACCUCGCGGAAACACUGCUGCAACUGCGAUAGCUUACGGUGAAAGACUUGCUGAUUUUUUAUUAAAAUCUAGAUGA